CUCUGUUCCUAAUAAAAUUCUCCUUUUUCACUUAAAAAAGGCAAAAUCGAAGCUAACAUUGUAUCAAACACUUGCAUACCCGUCUUUUUGUCUUCUGAACAAAGGGAGAAGCGGUGGCGAUGAGAGGAGUUGGAAGAUUGGUUAGGCGAUCUCUGGAUCAUUGCCGAACAUGCGGAGGAUCUCUCUUCCCUUCCCAUUUAGUCUCUCGCCGCCUCUUAUUCUCUUCUUCAAGAACGUCGUCGUGGCUGGUAAUCGGAAGCCGAAGCUCCAUCCUUUCCUCCAAUUCUGAAACCUUGCCAUCUUCUUCUUUGCUCCCUCGCAAAGGGACCCUUUUUACAGGGCAAAGGAGAAACAUGUUCAUCCAAACUCAAUCAACACCGAAUCCUUCGUCUCUGAUGUUUUAUCCAGGGAAAGCUGUUAUGGAAGUUGGCAGUGCAGAUUUCCCAAAUGCUCGCUCCGCCAUGAAUUCGCCAUUGGCCAAGGCCUUGUAUGGAAUCGAUGGUAUUGCUCGAGUUUUCUUCGGAUCUGAUUUUGUCACUGUAACAAAGUCAGAUGAUGCUUCUUGGGAUCUCCUCAAGCCUGAAAUUUUUGCUGCAAUUAUGGACUUUUAUUCCUCUGGACAGCCAUUGUUUCUAGACUCAAAAACUGCAGCAGCCAUGGACACCGCUAUUCAUGAGGAUGACUCAGAAACAGUUGCAAUGAUCAAAGAACUUCUGGAGACUCGAAUUCGACCAGCGGUGCAAGAUGAUGGUGGUGAUAUUGAGUAUCGGGGAUUUGAUCUAGACACAGGAAUAGUCAAAUUGAAAAUGCAGGGAGCAUGCAGUGGCUGCCCAAGCUCAUCUGUCACUUUGAAAUCCGGCAUUGAAAAUAUGCUUAUGCAUUAUGUACCAGAGGUCAAAGGUGUGGAGCAAGAAUUAGAUGCUGAGGAUGAGGAUACUACAUUAGCUGGUCAGAUGGAGUAGUUAAAGUUUAAUCAUCAUCUCCUAUUACCAAGUCUCCCUGUUGGUAAUCAGAUAUAUAGUUGAGCUCAAGGGCUAAUGGCAGCUGUCCUGUACAGGAGCAAAUAAAGUUUGCGGGGUUAACUUAGGUUAUUCGUUGGUAGAGCCUGUAAUUUAGUUGCAAUAAUUUGAAUGAGAGAAUGUUGGCUGUAUUUAAUAACUAUAGGCUGUCAUGGUCUGUUUACUUCCUAGGCUUGAUGCAACUAAAAUUUUGGAUUUCCAAUUUAUCUUGUUACCAGUUUCUAUGAUCA